AUGCAAUUACGUGUACUUACACUUAAUAUUUGGGGUGUUCAUUAUAUUGCUAAAUUUAUUAAUCGACGUAUUGAAGCAUUAAUUGAACAUUUAAAACAUUCCGAUACUAAUUACGAUAUUGUUGGAUUGCAAGAGGUUUGGAGUAAAAGGGAUUAUAUUUAUUUACGUGAUCAAUUAAAAACUAUAUAUCCACAUAGUUAUUAUUUUUUAAGUGGUCUUGUUGGUUCCGGAUGUUGUAUUUUUUCAAAAUAUCCAAUUAUUGGUACAUAUGAACAUCGUUAUUCAUUAAAUGGUUUUCCACAUAAAAUACAACAUGGUGAUUGGUUUUGUGGCAAAUUAAUUGGUCUCUGUAAAAUUCUUGUUAAUGGGUAUAUUGUUAACGUAUACAAUACACAUUUACAUGCUAAUUAUCAUCAUGUGAUACCGGAAGAUAUCUAUUUAGGACAUCGUAUAUGUCAAGCGUAUGAAUUGAUACAAUUUAUUGAAAGUACAUCAGGAGCAGAUACAACUGAUUUUACAAUUCUUCUUGGUGAUCUCAAUUUAACAAACGAUGAUUUAGGUUUUAAGCUUAUUGAAGGUAUUCUUCAAUUAAAUGAUGCAUUUUAUAAACGUAUCAAUAAAAAUGUUUUUGAUCCAACUGUGGGUAAUAGUGGUCGAACAUGUGAUUUACUUGAUAAUCCGUAUGUUAAACCACAUCCAUAUCAAGGUGAAGGGGAACGUAUUGAUUAUAUUCUUUAUCGUGCACGAAAUGAUAAUAUGAAAUGUAUUGAAGCUUAUCCAACAUUACAUAAAGUUCCAAAUAGUUCCAAUGGACUUCAUUAUUCUGAUCAUUUAGCUGUAUAUGGUUUGUUUGAAAUUGAUGAAACAAUUCCAAGAAAACAAACAAAACCACUUGACAACAUGGAAAUUGCUGAUGAAAAAACCCGGAAUAAUCUUCGUGCGGCUUGCAUUAUUGUUGAAGAAUCAAUUCAACGUUUGCAACGUGAUCGAAUCUUUUUUGGUCUUGGAGUAUUUAUACUUGUUCUUAUUUUAUUUUCAUUUAAUGGAAAUCUAAAUUCACAUGGUUAUUUAUUAACAAUAGCUACAGUCUUGAAGGAUAUUCUUUGUCUUAUUGGCAUAUCAAUUUCUAUUUGGUUUAUAGUUUUAGGCAAACCUGCAGAACGAAACGCUUUAAGUUCGAUACGAAAUGCGAUGAAUAUACGUUUACGUGUACCGCAUUUUAUUCAUUGA